AUGGCUUUCCAUGACCAGAACAAGUUCCUUUAUGCCCUGAGCUCUAACCAAGCUUGGGCUGGGUACAAAUCACACCAGAAUCCUGCGUUCUUCAAGAACCUUGCCUCGGGGCAGUCGCCUUCAAUCUUGUGGCUAGGAUGCUCUGAUUCUCGUGUUCCCGAGACAACAAUCUUGGGUCUCCAACCCGGCGACGUCUUCGUCCAUCGCAACAUCGCCAACAUCGUAGCCCCCACAGACAUCAACACCUCGGCCGUCAUCGAGUACGCUGUUGCCCACCUCAAGGUUAAGCACGUCGUGCUCUGCGGUCACUCAGCCUGCGGCGGUGCCAAGGCGGCGUUGGGCGACUCCCGUGUCGGAGGCGUGCUCGAUACCUGGCUCACUCCCUUGAAGACAGUCCGCGCUCAAAACGCAAAGGAGCUCGACGCCAUCAAGAAUGAGGACCACAAGGCUGUCCGUAUCGCAGAGAUGAACGUCGAGACUGGUGUCAAUGUGCUCAUGGCCAACUUCACCGUUCAGGAGGCUAUCAAAGAGCGAGGCAUGACUGUCCACGGCUGCAUCUUCGACAUCGCGAGUGGCCGUAUCCGCGACCUUGGGUUCGGAACCAUGGGCCCGGGUGCCAAUCGGAACGGCAUUAUCAAGAACGGAGGUGGGGAAGAGGAGAUCGUCCGCGGUCAACACGCUCAGCUCGUGUUCCGUGACAGCGGAGACGCCCACAUGCAGGUCCGUUGA